AGCUGUUCCCUUGUCUCGUGUCUAGGCAGAGGAAAGCAGUGUUGUUGACGUGGCUUUACGUAAAGUAGUUUGUUAAGUUUAAUUUGUUUUUACCAUAUAAAUCAAAAUGCUAUACAAUAUGAAUACAGCCACAAAUAGAGUCUUGUGUUUAGUGUUUUUUAGUAUGACUAUAAGCUUAGGAUCUGGUUUAUACUUCCACAUUGGUGAGACCGAACGGAAGUGUUUCAUCGAAGAGAUACCCGAGGAAACUGUCAUCACAGGUAACUACAAGGUGCAGGUGUACGACAGGAACGUUAAUGACUACCUGCCGUCGAGCCCCGGCAUCGGCAUGCACGUCGAAGUGCGCGACCCCGACGACAAGAUCGUCCUCUCGAAGGUGUACAGCUCGGAGGGUCGCGUCACCUUCCAGUCGCACACGCCGGGCGAGCACGUCAUCUGUCUCAUGUCAAACUCCUCGCAGUGGUUCGGCGGCGGCCAGCUGCGAGUACAUCUGGACAUUCAGGUUGGGGAGCAUGCUGUGGACUAUGGCCAGGUGGCAGAGAAGGAGAAGAUGUCCGAACUGGAGCUGCGUAUCCGGCAGCUGCUGGAGCAAGUCGAACAGAUCACGAAAGAACAGAACUACCAGCGAUAUCGCGAGGAGCGUUUCCGGCAGACGAGUGAGAGCACGAACCAGCGAGUGCUGUGGUGGUCUGUCGUGCAGACGUGCAUUCUCCUGCUCACUGGAUUCUGGCAGAUGAGACACCUCAAGAGCUUCUUCGAGGCAAAGAAGCUUGUGUAGCGCCCCCUACGUCAUCGUUUGUCGUCGUCGCGGAAACCCACGUUGGUAGGCCCUCGGAGUGCGACGAGGUUUCAUAGCUGCAAUCUUAGGGUUUAAAGGUCAAGGCCAAAGGUUUAAGCAACAACUUGCCAUCUGGUAGCUUUGUGUGUGGGGGGGAGGGGGGAUUGUUUCCUGCUUGCUCUCAUAUUCCUGUUCAUCCCUAGAUCUUUUUGUACAAUAUUAGUGCCAUUAGGGUGUUGGUCGAUUUCCUAGGAUAUCGUAUCUUUGUCACUUGAAAUGCAGCCAACUGUUGUCGCUUGAUGUAAACAGGAGUAAGAUAAUGACAGAUUAUUUAAUAUCAAUUACACUGUAAUUAGCUUACUCCUGGAGGUAAAAAAAUGAAUUCCUUUUUUCGCUGUUCACGUCUUGACUCUAGUGUGACCUACGGUUAACAAUGCGUGGCCAUCAGGGGGGGUAAGUGUUCAUAUUGUGUGGAGAACACAGACAAAACAUUAGACGUUAGGGAUUACUGCUCAGUGUCGUUUUGUCUUCAUUGCUGUUUGAUUAGAAGUGUUCAGAAGUGUUCAUCAGAAAGCUGGUACAUGUAUGGGUCUGGCAUUUAAACCAUCUCUCAAUUGACAUCAUAAUUGAGAAUGGUCGCACAUAGGGAUAUUCGGGUUGGAGUGGAUAUUUAUUCAUGUUAGCGAAGGUGAAUUUUUAAUGUUCCUAUUAGGUACCGUAAUGGUAAUGCGUGAAGUAUUUCCUAUUGUUUCUUUUUCUAUUUAGAAGAUGGGCAAUGAUGAUGGUGAAAUUGUUGACAGCUGCUGUGUUUCAGGCUACCAUAAAUGUUGAUGAUAUUCUGAAUAACUACAUUUCUGAAAAACUGGUUCUGUUGAUGAUAUCAAAAAGUUUGUGCGAGAAAUUUGCACAGCUGACUAAAGAAUUCAGCAGUGUUGCAGGUAUUCUAUAAAGCUCACAGCAGAGUCGGAGCGAUCCAGGGAAAUCUUUGAGUUGUGUCUAAGCAAAAUCUUGUGAAGGAAACAAUGGCAUCUGUUAAAGAUCUGGAUAGGAUUGGUUCAUGUUUUGUUUGGUGGUAUGGAUUAAUGGUGAAUAAGGGAAUACUAAAAGAAAAGUUCUACUUUUGCUAUCUUAAAUUGUAUUGGUAUGCAUAAUUUAUAAAACGUGAUCGCAAAGCAGCUUUAGCACCAUUUCAUGACUGUAUUCACAUCUAGAUGGCACUAGUGGCCCAGUGGUCGUCUUGGAUGCGUGUAAAAAUUUCCUUUUUGUACAAGAAUUAGGCGUUUGAUUUUUAGCUAGUUCAAAGUAGAUACCCAUUCCGACACUCAUAUCAAAUAAUUCACUCAAUUCAUCAAUAAAAUGGUCUUUUUUAAUAAAA